AUUAUUGUUGGUACUUGACAAAAAUAGUUACCUUGUUUACAUUUGAUCUUUUUGACUGUUUUUGACAAAUUUCCAAUAAGACUUAAAAAUGAGUGUAGACUCAAUCCCAAAAGAUUUAAGAGGAUUAAGAGCCUGCCUCGUUUGUUCCAUUAUAAAAUCCUUCGACCAGUUUGAAGAUGAAGGUUGUGAUAAUUGUGACGAGUUCUUAAGAAUGAAAAAUAAUAGAGAUAAUGUGUAUGACUGCACCAGUUCCAAUUUUGAUGGUAUGAUUUCGUUGAUGAGUCCUGAGGAUAGUUGGGUUGCAAAGUGGCAAAGAAUAAAUCGAUUCCACAAAGGAGUUUAUGCCAUUUCAGUCUCUGGCAGAUUACCAAAUGGCAUAAUCAGAGAUAUGAAAAGCAGGGGAAUUGCAUAUAGGCCAAGGGAUACAAGUCAAAGAUAAACUAUUAAAUAAAUUGUUUUAUAAAUUUAUAUUUUAUCUUAUAUAAAUUAAUUAUAUCCUUUACAAUAUA